AGUCCAGGGAGCCUCCAGUAUGGUUUUGGCUGCCGCUACUCUCUUAGGUCUUGCACUCCGUAGUGCUGCUUGUGCGGGCGAUCGCUUGCGCGAGUACCCACAGGUUUCACUCGUGCCUCCAUACCGUCCCCUUGUAUGGGGAGACCUGAACGUGAUCCAUACCACCGAUACACAUGGCUGGCUACUCGGGCACCAGAAGAAGUCCUGGGCUGAACCAUACUACAGUGGGGAUCUCGGAGACUUUUCUAGCUUUGUGACACACAUGAAGCAAAUUGCCAUUGAUAAGGAUGUCGACCUUCUUUUGAUAGACUCAGGUGAUCUACAUGACGGAACCGGCCUUUCGGACGGCUAUCCUCCUGGCGGUGUCGAUGCACAUGAGUCAAACAAGUUCCUUGAGCGCCUCCCCUACGAUCUCAUGACCAUUGGAAAUCACGAAUUGUAUGUUUAUGCGGAUACGUAUGACAUGUACACAAACUUUGUCCUCCAUCUUGAUGGGCGGUACUUGACCUCUAAUGUCAACAUCACUAUUUUCGACUCAGACGGCAAGCCUAAAAGUGUUCCAGUGGGCGUGAUAUUCAAUUUCACUCAGAACGAUGUAAACACGACUGUACAAACCGUCGAUGAUAUGGUCAAGGAGCAGUGGUUUGCUGAGGCCAUUGUGGAAGAGCCUGACGUGUUUGUACUGAUAGGACACAUGCCAGUCUCUUAUGAUAGCUGGCCUACUGUCUUCAACGCUGUGCGGGCUGUACACCCUCUGACGCCCAUUCUAGUAUUUGGAGGACACACCCACAUUCGUGACUGUCAACAAUAUGAUGGUCGUUCUAUGGCGCUCGAAAGCGGACGCUACAUGGAGACAAUUGGCUGGAUGAGCGCGGACCUCGACGCUGCCAGGGGAAACCAUGACAAUGUUACUUUUACAAGGAGAUAUCUUGACCAGAAUCGUGUGACCUACGAGUACCACACGCAAACCUCAAAUCAAACAUUCGACACCGACGACGGGAGGUCGAUCACUAAUGGCCUGCAAGAGCUUGCGACCGAUUUCGAUCUGUCUUAUUUAUAUGGAAUAGCCCAUCAAGAUUAUACCAUGAACCAGAACCCAUAUCCUUCCAAUGGAUCUCUUCUAUCUCUUUUCAUCGAAAAUGCCGUCCCAUAUGCACUCGCUAUUAACAACACCCGCGAUUCCAUUCCAAACUUGAUCAUAAUCAAUUCGUGGGCUCUACGCUUCGACGUCUUGAGGGGAUCGUUCACCAAAAACGAUCAGCUAACAACUAUGCAGUAUAAGGAUUCAUUCUUAUACAUUGCCAAUGUCACAUCUCGCAUUGCAAAUCAGGUGCUUCCCACUAUGAAUAACCCGAUAGCGGCCAAACGGAAGCGAGAUGAUAUCGAAGAGGAAAUCUGGAAUCGUGAAAUCGAUGAUACUCGGUACAGGGCCUGGUUGGAGGAGAUGGAUCAUCGUCCUGGAGUGGGUGGACGAGAAGCAACAUCAAGCAAUUGGACAUUCGGAUAUGUCACGAGAGAUUCAUGCCCCGACGCUGAUGAUGCAGACGACACAGUGCACACGGCGUUACCAUACUACACGGCUCCAUACUACAUUGGCUCGAACCCCCCUAAUGUAACAGCCGACACGCCUAUUGAUCUUGUCUUCCUUGACUACCUUGGAAAGGAGAUCAUCGGCAUCCUCAACAGCCUGCAGAAGGAAAAGAACUAUACCAUGAAUGAUAUUUCAUUGUACAGUCCCACACUGACUAACGAAGUACUGGGCCUGUAUGCUCGGGCCAUGUGGAACUGA